CAACCAAACCCAGCCUCUUCUGUUGUUGGAUAGCUGGGAGAACUCUGCAGCUGGAAAGCCGCCCUGCUCGGCUGCAGGAGCACCAGUGCCUCAGGGCCAGCAGCAGACAUGAACGUGAAGACGGUGCUCGUCCUGCUCGUUCUGGCUCUAGCCACGAUCUUUGCCUUAGUCUGUGUGCUGCUGACCAGAGGAAGGGCCCCCAGCCCGUGCCAGCACCAGCCCCCGGCGCAGGAGGACACCGGUGACGGCCAGAGCCUGGUCUUUGCUGAUCUGACCCCCGAGGAGAUGGUGCAAGUGGUGCGGUACCUGCAGGGGCACCUCGGGGUGCAGCUGGUGGACGCCUCGCGUGCCAAGCCCUCCGACAGCUGCAUCGCCUCGGUGGACGUGCAGGUCCCUGCCAAGGCGGAGGUGCUGCAGUUCCUGGACAAGGGGGGGGCUCGCCCCCCCCGGGAGGCGCUGGCUGUGCUGUACUUUGGGAACCAGCCGGACCCCAAUGUCACCGAGUACGUGGUGGGUCCGCUGCCGACACCGGCAUAUCACCGGGACGUCACGGUGCAGAAGUACGGGGGGAAGGUGCCCUACCACCGCAGACAUGUCACCGGCAAGGAGUACAUGGAUAUCAAUGCUCUCAUCCAGCGGGAGUUGAGAAAGGCACGGCGCUUCCUGGCUGCAUGCUGCGAGUCCGACGGGACCGACCUGGCCAUCCUCACCACGGCCCCACGGGGCUUCAAGUCUGGCGACCGCACGACCUGGUUUGUCCUCUUCCACAAUGUGGCAGGCACUGGCUACUACCUCUCACCAGUGGGUCUGGAGGUGCUGGUGGAGCAUGGGGACCUCCAUGUCUCCCAGUGGCAGCUGCGCAAAGUCUUCUACAACGGCCAGUACUUUCCCAGCACAGGGGAUCUGGAGAAUGCAUUUGUGGCCAACAUGCUGGAGGUUGUGAGGAUCAAGAAACCCCUGGCUGAAGUGGUGCUGGGCUCAAUGAGACCCCGGCGCCCGCCUGGCUCCAUGGGGCCACUGCAGUACGAGCCCCUGGGUCCCCGCUACAGUGUCCGGGAUAACCAUGUCACCUUCCAGGGCUGGAGCAUCACCUUUGGCAUGAGCCCCAACUCUGGCCCACGCCUCUUUGACAUCAGGUUCCGUGGGGAGAGGAUUAUCUACGAGCUGAGUCUCCAGGAAGCCUUAGCUCUGUAUGGCUCGAACUGCCCAGGGGGCAUGUCAACUCGCUACCUCGAUGGGAGCUUCGGCAUUGGCAGGUUUGCCUACGAGCUCGUCCGUGGCCUUGACUGCCCCUACACAGCGACCUACAUGGACCAGCACUACUUGGCAGAGUCAGAGACCCCCAAAACCAACCAAAACUCACUCUGCAUUUUUGAGCAUGAUGCUGCUCUCCCUCUGCGGCGCCACUUCUCUGACUCGCAGUCCUUGUACUACGGUGGGCUGCGGAAAAACACCCUGGUCAUCCGUGCCAUCUCCACCCUCAUCAACUACGACUACAUCUGGGACUUCAUGUUCCACAGCAGUGGGGCUGUGGAGGUCCGGGUGCAUGCCACUGGCUACAUCAGCUCCUCCUUCUUCUAUGGUCAAGGCACUGAUUAUGGCAACAGGGUUGGUCCACACACGCUGGGGACGAUGCACCUCCACCACAUGCACUACAAGGUGGACCUGGAUGUUGACGGGCAGCUGAACUCUGUGGAGACCCAGGAUAUGAGUUAUGAGCUUGUGAAAGAUCCUUGGAGCAUGCAGAACACCAUGGAGAGGCUGUACCUCCGGAGGGAGAGGUUGGAGAGGGAGGAUGAGGCAGCCUUCCCGCUCCAGGCCCCCCUGCCCCGCUACCUCUCCUUCACCAGCCCCAAGCCCAACAAGUGGGGGCAUCCACGCAGCUAUCGGCUCCAGAUCACCAGCUCUGCCGGGGAGCACCUGCCUGCCAGCAGCUCCAUGGAGAGGGCCAUCAGCUGGGGCAGGUACCAGCUGGCUGUCACCCGGAGGAAGGAGGAGGAGCCCACCAGCACCAGCAUCUACAACCAGAAUGACCCCUGGACACCAACUGUUGCCUUCGCCGACUUCAUCAACAACGAGACCAUCACCAACGAGGAUCUGGUUGCCUGGGUAUCUGUGGGGUUCCUGCACAUCCCCCAUGCUGAAGAUGUCCCCAACACGGUGACCGUGGGCAACGGUGUCGGCUUUUUCCUGAGGCCCUACAACUACUUUGAUGAAGACCCCUCAGUGGACUCGCCUGACAGCAUCUACUUCAGUGAGGCGCAGGAUGUGGGUGCAUGUGGGACCAACCAGCUGGCCUGCCCACCCCCCUCCUGCGCCCCCCACCUGCCCCGCUUCCGCUACGGGGGGUUCCUCAACCUCAGCCUGGCCCCACCGCCCAAUGGGCUCUGAAGGAGACAGGGAUGGGGCCACCACUGCCCCUGUCCCUGUGGGUGUGGGUUGUCUGAGGGACAGCUGGGGGGUCCAGCCGUGGGCACAGGCUGGUUCUGCCGCCAGGACUUGCUCUCCACAUCCCCAGCAUGUUGCAUGCUCAGGGUCAGGUUUUCAGAGCAGCUCAGCUCUCAUUUUGGCACCACAAUACUGCUGAAGAUGAGCUCAAAGCCUCUGGAAAACAGCCCCUGGCAGUGAUUUUGAGAGACUCCAUCCAUGCUGCCACCAGAAGUGCUGUGUGAUGCCUACAGCCACUCCCCUCCUCUGGCACCGGGUGCCUGCUGCCUCCCCAAGGUAGGUGUGUGCACGCAGGGUGGUGGUACUGGCAGGGCUGGGCACUGCAUAGAGCCACAGCUCCCCUUGGAUUUGUGGUCCACAGCGAGGCUGUGCCCAGGUUGGCCUAGUGUGGUAGUGUGGUGGCCAACGGCUCCAGACACCCAAAAUAUCCACCCUGGCCUCAUGGCCACCGUGGGUCCGGGGCUGCUGAGACCCAGGUGAUGCUGAGUUCUGGCUACUGUGGCAGUACCAGGCUCUGGGGUCAGGGACAAGGGACAGGGGCAGCAGGAGGAGCAUCCUGCAGGGCUGUAGGAUGGGCACUCCCCAGGCUGGGCUGCCCCAUAUCCAACCCUCCCCAAUAAAGAGCUCCUGGAGCCUUUUCUG